AUGAUCCUCCUGGUCCUUGCCUCUGCCUUGCUCUUCUGCUCCACGACCAGUAAGAGAUGUUCCACUUCCUUGGAGAUUCUUGAUGUUCAGUCUCUCAUCACUAAAGAGCAGAAUCAUGAUCAAAAAUGUAACUGCAGCACCAACGGAACCAACUGUUUGUGCCUGCCCAUCCCUUCAGACAACUGCACCACCCCUUGCUUCCAGGAAGGGCUGUCACAGAUGAUCAACGCCACAGUAAGCCAAGGACCCCGCAGGAGUUUACAGAGGUUGAAAAAGUCCAUUGGACGCUUAAAGAACAUUUGCCCAUCUUUUUCCUGCGAUCAGCCAUGCAACCGAACUACAACAGGCAAUCCUAUGACCUUCCUGACAAGUCUCCUGGAAAUGCUCCAGAAGCAAAUGAUGAAGGGCAGAAUAUGA